UCGCCACAGAUAGGAACACCUGAGUUAAACUUCUGAACUUCAGGCGAGCGUCUCGCAACUCGGCGUUUGUCACGUUAUUUUAAGCCACAUUUGUAUUUUUUGGGGGGAAUGAAACUGUUCAAAUUUGUGGAUUUUGGUGUUUUAAACAGACGAUGAAGGGCUUCUUCAUGUAUUUGGUUUUCUCUGCAUUGUUUUACAUACUCAGCCCCACCGGGGCAUACCCGCAGCCUGGCUUUGACUCGAGGAGCAACAGGACGAGACGGGGCAUCUCCUGCAAUGCUGACUUGGAGUAUCCACACGGCAGCAUCUGCUGUUUAAGCUGUCCACCCGGGAAAUAUGUUAAAUCAACCUGCACCAAAGCAGGAGAAAUGGGUGCAUGUGAAGAAUGUAGUGUUGGGACCUAUGCCGAGCAUGCCAAUGGCCUCCAGCAGUGCUUCAGGUGCACUCUGUGUCGCUCAGAUCAGGAAGUGGUAAGGCCAUGCAGUCCCACGCAAAACACUGAAUGCCAGUGCAAACCGGGGCUGUUUUGUCAUCCUGACCACGCAUGUGAAGUGUGCAAGAAGUGUUCAAGAUGUGAAAGCGAUGAAGAGGAAGUGAGGAACUGCACAGCUACAACCAACACAGAGUGCAAGAAGAUCCAGUCCAAGUCGAGCUCGACCCUAGUUGUUUUGGUGGUUUUGGCAUUUGUCCUGCUUGCUGUGAGUGUAGCUGUUGUUGUCAUAUACAAGAAGAAAUGUAGAACAACAGACUCUCAGACAAACCUCCCUGGUGGUAUAAAGCCUGGAUCAGAGUACGCUGAAGGUAGAAAGGCCGGCAGCACAAAUCUGAUCACCCGACCACUGGUGAGGCCCAAAUCCUAUGCUGGUAUGGAGGAUGAGCAUAAAAUGCUGUGUGAAACACCCAGCAGCUCUGCCAGCAACUCCCAGCACAGUCUAACCAGCCCACCCUGCCAAUUUACAACUCCCCUCCAAGCGAGCCCCGCGGUCCAUGUAUGGCCCAACCGGAGGGAAGAUGCCCCCUUUCCAAUACUUGUUCCUGUGAAUGGUGAGGAAUCUCUGAGAUCAUGCUUUGAAUAUUUUGAAGAAGUAGACGUGGACCACCACAAGAGGUUUUUCCGCCAUCUCGACUUCAGCGACAACAUGAUUAAAAGCAAAGACACCCUUCAAUAUGAAGACAAGGUCCACGAGCUGCUGAAUAUGUGGGUGGAGCGAGAGGGCAAAGAAGCCAGCUUAAACGACCUGCUGAAGGCUUUACUGGACUUGAAUCAACGGAGAACGGCCGAGAGGAUCAAGGAGAAGGCAGUUUCUCACCAUCAUUAUGUCUGUGAAUGCUAGGGUGGUCUCCUGGUACGGCUUCAGAUUUCUUCCAUAUGUAGUGGUUUUCUGAGGUAAAAGGUCAACCUGUUAAAAGUCAUGGAGGGAAAAUGGCUUUAAGACAAACUGAGACAUUUAAUAUUUGUUGAAAGGAGCUUGUGUACAAUGCCUCCAGACAGGAAGUUCUCCCACAGUAGCAAACUGGAGUAAAGAUCCUCAGGAACAGCGAUUGUGACUUUUUAAGCAUUUCAGCCUCGUCUAUCUCUGUACAGAUGUCAAAGCACACGGCGAGAAGCUGAUUUAUUCUUAAAAGAAAGCACUCCUACACUUAGUGUUUAAAGUAAAGCUGCUGCUGUGUUUGUUACUGGGAUGAAAGAAGUCCAGGCCAGCUUAAUCGUACAGUUGCUUGGCCUUUUAGAAAUGUGUGUGUUUGUACAUCCACAUGCACAGGUUUACAAGCACUGUUUUUUAUUUGCAGGUCCAGUUGAUGUUGGUGACAUGAGCUGUGUUAAUAUCUGCGUCACAGCAAUAAAUUUAUUUCAGAGGAACAGGUUGUUUAAUGGCCGUCCUGAUCAGAUAUUUAUAUUAAGUUAUUAACACACUGAGCUUAUUAUGUCCUGUUCCUGUAUUUUUAGAUUAACAGUGUUAAUUUGAUCGCAGAUCGGUCCAUUUUCAACUAUAGAUGAACUGGAUGCUUUUUUUUUUGUACAUUUGUUUUUUGUUUUCCUAAUUUUAUAUUUCCAUUUUUUUUAUUUUAAAUUCUUUUCAUAAUCAUUGCUAUGAAACAAAAUAUCAGUUUACAGAAGCAGAACAUGUUCAUUACAUCUGUAUGAAUUCAGGCUUUAGCUUAGUCAGUGUUACCAAAUACAUAUGUGUUGUUAACUGUUGCUAUGGUUACAUUAUUUUGUCAUUGAUUUAACCUGUUUUAUUUUUCUUAAAAAUAAACUGGAAUUAUAUGCAAAAGAUACAAGGCUCAAAAGUGUCUGACUCAAAAACAUAAACAAGGAAUAA